CAGGGAAGGAGGAAGUCGAAAGGGAGAAGACAAGAACUCACUCAAUCAUUCACACUCCCUUCUCGAAAACCUCCCUGCUCUUCGAUCCCGGGAGAGCCUCGACAAUCCCCAGAAAAUUCUCAUAUAGAGAGAGAGGGAAAAUCUCUUCGCGUAGGGAAUGCAUAGAGAUGACGGUAGCCCACUGGUCUUCUUCUUCUCCGACCAAGCCUGAGUCGUGUUGGCGAGUCAACAAGCGCAUCGGCGGCCGGAACUGCCACCGCAAGCACGUCGAGGACGGGUGAUCCGGUUCGCCUCCGACCUCGGCCUGCCUCCCAAUUUUCACUUCGUGUCUUCUUUUUUUGUCAUAAUCUCUCGGCCACGUGUUGGAGAAGAAUCCAGAGUUUCUCAACUGGUAAAUCUUUAAAAGUUCUUUGCAAUCAAGUUCUGAUUUUUGGCUGUCCACGAAGCAUCCGAGAAUGACGAAGAAGGGGGAGGACGGGGGCUCGUCGAUCCUGCACGGGAAGUACGAGCUGGGCCGCCUCCUCGGGCACGGGACCUUCGCGAAGGUGUACCACGCGCGCGAGCUGCAGAGCGGCCGGAGCGUGGCGAUGAAGGUCGUCGGGAAGGAGAAGGUGGUGAAGGUGGGCAUGACGGAGCAGAUCAAGCGCGAGAUCGCCGUCAUGAAGAUGGUGAAGCACCCCCACAUCGUGGAGCUUCACGAGGUCAUGGCGAGCAAGUCGAAUAUCUACUUCGCCAUGGAGCUCGUCCGCGGAGGUGAGCUCUUUGCCAAGGUCACUAAGGGCCGGCUCCGGGAGGACGUCGCCCGGGCCUACUUCCAGCAACUCAUCUCGGCGGUGGACUUCUGCCACAGCCGGGGGGUGUACCACCGGGAUUUGAAGCCGGAGAAUCUGUUGGUGGACGAGAAUGGCGAUCUAAAAGUGACCGACUUCGGGCUCAGCGCCUUCGGAGAGCACCUGAGGCAGGACGGGCUCCUGCACACCACGUGCGGGACGCCCGCAUACGUCGCCCCCGAGGUGAUCGGGAAGAAGGGCUACGACGGUUCCAAGGCGGACCUGUGGUCGUGCGGCGUGAUCCUAUACGUCCUCCUGGCCGGGUUCUUGCCCUUCCAGGACGAUAACAUCAUGGUCAUGUACCGGAAGAUUUACCGGGGCGAUUUCAAGUGCCCGCCCUGGUUCUCGCCCGAGGCCCGGCGGCUCGUGACCAAGCUCCUAGACCCGAACCCGAGCACCCGGAUCCCGAUUUCCAAGAUCACGGAGAGCUCGUGGUUCAAGAAGUCGGUCCCCAAGAGCUUGGUCCCCAAGGAGGAGCAGGAAUUCGACAAGGAGAAGGCGGCGAAGACGCGGCCGCCGGGGACGAUGAACGCGUUCCACAUAAUCUCCCUCUCCGAGGGGUUCGACCUGUCGCCGCUCUUCGAGGAGAAGAGGAGGGAGGAGAAGGAGGAGCUGCGGUUCGCGACCACGAGGUCCGCGAGCAGCGUCAUAUCGAGGAUCGAGGAGGCCGCGAGGGCUGGGAAGUUCAGCAUCAAGAAGAGCGAGUCGAGGGUGAAUCUGCAGGGGGAGGCGGCGGGGAGGAAAGGGAAGCUGGUGAUCGAGGCGGAGUUGUUCGCGGUGGCGCCGUCGGUGCUGAUGGUGGAGGUGAAGAAGGACCGGGGCGACACGCUGGAGUACAACCAGUUCUGCCGGAAGGAGCUGAGACCGGCGCUCAAGGACAUCGUCUGGACGUCCCCGGGCGAUGACCCGUUGCCCGAUUGAGAAGCGGGUCGUACAUGGGGUCCGAUUAUGUUGGAAUUCUUCCUUAACUGACGGGGUAGAUCACAGAAGAAUUGGUCUGUGAUAACCGGUCGGUUCGGUGAUUGCUCUUCCUGGUGUGUUCUAUUGUCUUUUUUGUGAAUAUGUUGCAAGUGAGAUUGUUACUGUCAAGUAAGAGCAAAAUUUUCGAUAAAAGCUCAAAUCCGACGUGGUUUUUCUC